AUGGUGCGGUUACAGGAACGACCAGAAGUUGUGGAAGUUUUCCUCACUGCGCGACGUGCUCCCACCCCAAAGCCAGAAGCAAAUGCCGUUGGUGUGAAAGAUCUGGCAGAAGUAUCUAUGACGAUAUUCGCCGAGGAGACUGGACAAGUGGAUACCAGAGAUGUUGGUACUCAAGUUGACUUCCCAAGCGUUUACGGGUGUAGCGCUUCAGACCGGUGUGGCUGUGUUCCUGACAAACUGGCCAGGCCUGAAGCCGAGACGUGGGUUCAGAAACAAAGCGCAGAGGCCUCAGAGCGACUCCGGAGCGCAGUGGACCUGGGAGAAGAUCUAGCCACCUUUUCAGGAGCGGGGGAUCCAGAACAUCACCCGUCGACAGGGCCGGUGUACUUCGCCUCGGAAACGAACGACGACUCAGCGUUCGAUCCAGAGUUCGACUCGGAGGACGUGCUAGAUGGUGUUCUUGAAAGCGCAUUGGAUGACUUCUCAGACCCCAUGGAUGACGCCUCGGGCCUCUCAGACAUUCCUGUCCAAAGACUAGAACGAGAAUACGAACGUGUCACGCGAGUGCCAGUAGAAGAGUUAGAUCUGAAACCAGCCGUAUACCUGCGAGAAGGGGCGGAGGUCUUGGCCCAGUUGAGCGAUCAUCUGACUAUUUUUCCAGAGUUAGAAGAAUUGAGUCCGGAGUAUGACACCGCCAAAACCGAGGUUGGCGUUCCAGGCGUCACGACCCCAGAGAUGGAGGACAAAAUGCGAAAGAUCUUGAAUUAUCAUCGUCGUAUCUUUUUAGGUGAUGGCAAUGCCGCACUGGCCCCAGCUCGCGGAGUCGUUUGUGACUUAGAUGGUGGUGAUGCGAUGCCGAUAGCACUACGUGCUCGACAGAUCGCCUCCAGAUAUUUGGUGAAGGUUUACGAACUGCUGAAGAAGCUCCUAGAGACCGGACUUAUUGAACAUUCUGAAUCGGAAUGGUCAUCCCCGAUCGUGAUCGUUUCGAAGAAGAAUGGAGAGGAUAUCAGAAUGCUGGUUAACCAGUUGAUCAAGCUAUCGCGAUACCCCCUACCUCUGAUUGACGACUUGUUGACUGACUUUAAUGCUGCGGCAUGGUUCAUGAGUCUAGAUAUGGCGAGCGGUUUCUGGGAGAUUCAGAUGACAGAGCGGGCAAAGCUGAUUUCAGCCUUUAUCUGCCCAUUCGGACAUUUCCAGUAG